CCGUACAAGGCGACGGCUGUGGUGAGUUGAGGAAAGUUCAUUGAAAUAAUUUAAAGGCUUUUAAGUGUUAAAUUGCACAACGUCUUUCGUCAAGCGAGUGCGCUUUGCCUCAAGUUGACACACGAGUAAUAAUGUGGAGCUGACAUCGUGUAUUUAAGUGUUAAAAAGCAGAUUAGCUCCAGCGCAGCUUCAUUGUUGACGAGAGCUGGCUGGUUUUGUUGGAGCUGCCUUUGCGCAACAAGAUGGUUCGUCAUUUUUAAUACAUUUCAUCGCUAUUUCUUUGCUCAGUGUCCGUCGUUAUGUGGAUUUUUAUGUCAAACCGCUGAGGAUUGAGGUCGAAUGGAUUCUCGUCGACGCAACUUUAGUAUUUGGCACUUUUUGUUUCGCGUCAACAAACACUGCUCCAUUUUUUUACGAUAUACAAAGCUCAUAAACGUCCAGACUAUGAUCAUUUAAUAGCAUUCUAUGUUGUGACUACUGUCAGUUUUCCCCGGGUGGUCGAUGUCGUGCUUUUUACUCGGUAUAAACUACUCACAACAACUGUAUUAUAGCUGCUCUUCUCAGCAUUGAAUGAAUGGGCCGUUUAUGCGCAUGCGCGCAGUGUCUGAAAAGUUUAUAAACAAGAUGAGUCACAUGACGAGGACAUUGAGUAAUAGAUAAACACGUUCUUAUCACGUUUACAUGUGUGCAAACUGUGAGAUUGUCCCAUUUAAUUGAUGGGGAUGAAUUUCCAUGAUAAGGAUAGUUGUCAGUUGAGAAAUAAUGGUUUAAUGCAGUUUGCAGUUAUAAUAUUGUGUUAUUUCAUAGCUUUUUGUGUAAUAUUUAGGUGAGUUUAUGGGCAUGAAUUGAAUAUAAUAUACACAGGUAUGUUUGUAUUAGUGUAUAAAAAUUAAUUAUUUGUUGUUAUGUAGCUCUUGUGCAGCUCCAUGUUGCAGCCCGAUGGAUAAACCAACCAGACUAUAUGUUUUGAGUUUUGAGACGAAAGUUUACCACACAAAAUGCAUCAUAUUUGGUAUGUGGAGGCCACCGUAGUUCCUUGAUGUGCUUCAAAGAGGGAGGAGUUCCCCAUUUGUCGCAUUCUGCAGUCUUGCCAUUAGAUGUCACUAAUUCCUAUACACUGGCCCUUCAAGGGUCUCAGUAAAAAAAAAGAAGUAUUGUGUUUCACAUUAAAAUGUUUACUUCAAAAAUGUAUAGUUUUCGUAACAACCACAUUUUGUUAUAUUUUAGUAAACAUGGUUUUGUAACAGUUUAAGAUUGACCUCAGUGAUGUCUUUGUAUAUUAGUUUCCACUACAUCCAUAAGCUUAUGGAGGAUACAAAUAACAUGAAAGUAGACUACAGACAGAAGGCCACACCCUUUUACUAUAUGUUAAAACAAGAUUUUAAAAAAAAUACUGUAUUUAACCUUUUUUUUUUUUACAGUAAAUUGCAAUAAUAUUGUGAAUCGGACAUUUUCAAACUGUUCCUAACCUAGUCUCUCUAUCAUAACAGUAAGACAGAACUAAACUGGAGCGUUGAGCAUGUGUCUAUACUUAGGUGUGUUUUUUUAAGUGAUGGCAGACAGCCAGAGUUACCCUAUAUCACUCCAACCAUGUACAGCUCUGUAAAGGAUUAUGUUUCUCUUUGUGUGUCAUUGCAGUGGGGUUGUUUGUCAGUGGCAUAUACGUCAGCUCACAUCUAUGAUCAGCGAUGUGUAGAUUAUCCUAACCAUAUAUAUAUAUGGUAUAUUUCACUUUACAGAAAUCCUACAUUACUGAACAAGUAUCCAGCUGUGUUGUGUAACCCUGUUUCAGUGACUGUGGACAUCAUGGUGUGGGAGGUGGUGACCCCAGCCGUGCUGUCGAGUGACCCCAAAAACCUCAAUGUCCAGGAGCACGAGUCUCAGGCUGAACACACCGGAGUGACGAUGGAUGCAGACGGAGACCAGUCACAUGACCUCCUCUGCUCUGAACACUUCCCCACCUCACCCGGCGUCCCCACCUGUGACAGCUACAUGGAAUAUGAUGAUCUGCCAGAUUUACAGGAGGUUCCGGAGGAGGCGGAGCCGGCAGCACCAACCGUUUACCAGGUGGAGAUAGGCGUGUCUCACCAGGAGACACGCGGAUUCACAGAAGCACACAGUCCACAGCCUCCUGACACACACCGGCUGACACAGCUGGCUCACAUCGCCACUGGGUCUCAGAGCCCACUACUGCAGGAGUCUUCUCACAGCAGCUCCUCUUUAGUCUACAUAUCAAACUCCAGAGGUGAUCUUCAUUCCUAUGCCCGGCCUCCUCCUCCUCCUCCUCCUCCUCCUCCUCGUCUCCCCAACAGCACCUUGUCACCCCCUCGAGGUCAUGCCAGGGAGCGUCGGCGCAGCAGGACGACAAGUGAAUGUGGCUCUGCGGUGUCCACCAGAUCUUCUCUCUCUGACGAUGAAGACAUGGGCUGGAGCUUCUCCUGGCCCCCCACUGCCUGGCACUGUUUUCUCAAAGGCUCUCAUCUGCGGUUCCACAGUGGCUACAAUGUGGAGUGGCAGGAUGCUGAGGAGUUGGACUCCUAUGAUGAGGAGCAGUCCAGAUCUCUGAAGAGUUAUGGCUCUGAGGGUCUGCAGCUGGUGGAGCACUCAGAGGUCGUGCUGUCUGGUCAGGCUGUCCUACAGCUCACCUUUGACCCUGGCACAUUCGGACACACCCCCGUGACCGCCAGGUGCCAACUGGACCACCCGUUCUACGUGAAAAACAAAGGAUGGUCGUCCUUCUACCCAAGCUUGACUGUGGUGCAUUAUGGGAUACCGUGCUAUGAAAUAGAAGUAGGGGAUAUGUGCCUGCCUCCAGGACACAGAGAUGCCAAACACACGGACGUCUCACUGGUCUUUGACGCCUUCAGGAGCCAUGACUUCACUCCUCUGGACUCCUCUGCGGUGUAUGUGUUGAGCAGUAUGGCCAGACGGCGACGUGCCUCCCAGUCCAGCGGAGGAGCCGCUUCUCCGGACAGGGACGCGUCACGAGAUGCCAAACAAAAGCCAAACAAGAGUCAGUCUGUCAGUGCACAGGAGGGAGGUAACACCGCCACGGCAGUUAAGUGCAAGCGGCCGAUGAACGCCUUCAUGCUGUUUGCCAAGAAGUUCAGGGUGGAGUACACACAGAGAUAUCCUGGCAAAGACAACAGAGCCAUCAGCGUCCUCCUCGGUGAGCACUGGAAGAAAAUGCGAAGUGAGGAGCGGCGGGCGUUCACCCUAGAGGCCAAAGCUCUCGCAGACGAACAGAAAAGACUCAACCCAGACUGCUGGAAACGCAAACGAACCAACUCUGGUUGUCAGGGAAAUUAAGUCUUCAGAGAUGAAAAGAGGACACACAUUUAAAAACAGACAGAGAGGAGAGAGGCGUUGUGUAUUUCGCUGUCGGGCCCACCUUGAUCUCUCCUGAGUUAAGAUCGUCUUUUUAAGAAUUCUCACGCAAAGUUGACACAGUCCAAAUCAGAGGCAGUGACAAAGAACCAGUGGCAAAGAGUCACUUCCUUUCAAAUGUGCCGAUUCCUCACUGUGAACAUGCCAAGGUCAUCACAUUACGACGCAGGUCGUGAGGCUUCUAGUCACGACUGGAACUCCACAAAUGACUUUUACAGCACAUACAUUGACAUUUGGAAAAAAAAGAGUGA